GUAUACAUAUUUUCACAUAAUUGCGAUUGAGUGUACAGCCCUUGAUCUGUCAGUCUAGCAUAAGCGUAGAGAAAAAACAAUGAGUUCUCUAGUUAUUUUUAAAGGUAGUCUAUUUUUCUCUUUUCUGAUAUUCUUAAUUCCCUUGAAAAGUUUUACAUGCUGCAUACAACCAGGAACCCCAAUCUGCAUGAUAUCUUUGUGGUUAGUUGCUGUAAAGCCAAUAUUUAAAUUUCUUUGAGGUCUUUUUUAGUGCCUUGUGUUACAGGAUGAGGAUCUCGUCAGGAGGGUGAAUAUAUAUGUGGCUCUGGGUCUUGUACAUUUUGUGACAAAGGAAUUCCCCUUUGAACCGCCUGCUCCCCUGAAGCCCCUGGAGCCUCUGGCUCAAGCAGCGCCGUCAGUCUGUGCAGUGUCUCUGACGUCAUCGGUGUAUGCAUAAGCCCUGCUAUUGUCUUACUGCUACAGCAGGGCUGGGGAUUGCAGUAUCCGCUGUUGCUGCUGCUCCCAGUCUUGUCCCUGCUGCUACCUAGUCCUGCCUCACUGCAUCCCAGAAGAGCCACGUUGGCUUGCCUUUCCCUAUUGGAUUUUCAAAAGCGGCUCUUCGGUUUUUGUGCUGUAGGAGACCUUGCUUUUCAAUCACACGGGAGAACACUGAAGCUUGUAAGAGGAGAAUCUGGCAGCUGGACACAGCUUGGACUGCAUUGUGUGUCUUCAUGACCCCUGCUGUGUAGCGGCUCAUCUUUUCACUCUCACACGUACACUCUCCUCGAUUUUAUUUCCUUCCUUUUUUUUCUUUCUUCUAAUUUUUUUAAAGCAGCCUCUGGAGCCAGCCAUGUUUGGCACUGAAUCUUCAUUGAGCAUGUUUUUGAACACAUUAACACCGAAGUUCUACGUGGCCCUGACAGGCACUUCCUCACUAAUAUCAGGGCUCAUUUUGAUAUUUGAAUGGUGGUAUUUUCGCAAGUAUGGAACAUCAUUCAUUGAACAAGUCUCAGUAAGCCACUUGCGCCCCCUCCUGGGAGGGGUUGACAACAACUCCUCCAACAAUUCUAACUCCAGCAAUGGGGACUCAGAUUCCAACAGGCAAAGUGUCUCAGAAUGCAAAGUAUGGCGAAAUCCACUAAAUUUAUUUAGGGGUGCUGAAUAUAAUCGGUAUACUUGGGUGACAGGACGAGAGCCUUUGACUUACUAUGACAUGAAUCUCUCUGCCCAAGACCACCAGACAUUCUUCACUUGUGACUCAGACCACCUGCGUCCUGCAGAUGCAAUAAUGCAGAAAGCCUGGAGAGAGAGAAACCCACAAGCUAGAAUUUCUGCAGCUCAUGAAGCCUUAGAGAUAAACGAAAUUAGGUCCAGAGUUGAAGUUCCCCUAAUUGCUUCCUCUACCAUCUGGGAGAUAAAAUUGUUACCAAAGUGUGCAACUGCAUAUAUUCUCUUGGCUGAAGAGGAAGCAACAACCAUUGCGGAAGCAGAAAAACUGUUCAAGCAGGCCCUGAAGGCCGGAGAUGGCUGUUACCGGCGUUCUCAGCAGCUACAGCAUCACGGAUCCCAGUAUGAAGCCCAGCAUAGACGAGAUACCAAUGUCUUGGUCUACAUCAAAAGAAGGCUAGCAAUGUGUGCCAGAAGACUCGGGAGGACCAGGGAAGCAGUGAAAAUGAUGAGAGAUUUAAUGAAGGAGUUCCCCUUGCUGAGCAUGUUCAAUAUCCAUGAAAACCUUUUAGAAGCUCUUCUGGAACUACAGGCAUAUGCUGAUGUUCAGGCAGUCUUAGCAAAGUAUGAUGAUAUAAGCUUACCAAAGUCGGCAACAAUAUGCUAUACAGCUGCCUUGCUCAAAGCAAGAGCUGUCUCUGACAAAUUCUCUCCCGAGGCUGCAUCUCGGCGGGGGCUGAGCACAGCAGAGAUGAAUGCAGUGGAGGCCAUUCACAGAGCUGUGGAAUUCAAUCCUCACGUGCCAAAAUACCUACUAGAAAUGAAAAGCUUAAUCCUCCCCCCAGAACAUAUCCUGAAGCGAGGGGACAGUGAAGCAAUAGCAUAUGCAUUCUUUCAUCUGGCGCACUGGAAGAGGGUGGAAGGGGCUUUGAAUCUUUUGCAUUGUACGUGGGAAGGCACUUUUCGGAUGAUCCCUUACCCCUUGGAAAAGGGGCAUCUAUUUUAUCCUUACCCAAUCUGUACAGAAACAGCAGAUCGAGAGCUGCUUCCGUCUUUCCAUGAAGUCUCAGUUUACCCAAAGAAGGAGCUUCCUUUCUUCAUUCUCUUUACUGCCGGAUUGUGUUCCUUCACAGCCAUGCUGGCCCUCCUGACACAUCAGUUCCCGGAACUUAUGGGGGUCUUCGCAAAAGCUAUGAUUGACAUUUUCUGCUCGGCAGAGCUCAGGGACUGGAAUUGCCAGAGUAUUUUCAUGCGUGUUGAAGAUGAACUGGAAAUCCCACCGGCACCUCAAUCUCAACAUUUCCAAAACUGAACUCAUCACCCUCCUUCCCCCACCACCAAAACCACCCCUCCUGUAUUCCUGACCUCCGCCCAUGGCACUGCCGUCUGCCCGGUUACUCAAGCCAGAAACGCAGCAGCCC